UCAAACUUUUGAGAGCUAGCUACAAGAAAAUGUAUACGAAUAUGAUACGUCUCCAAUCAGGAUGCAGAGAUCCUGGUGGAGCUGGUUCGAUCCGAGAAGCUGGUGGUGCUUUCAAAGAAAUGGGAAUAGCAAAAGAGUCCCAGUAUUUUUAUAAAAAAGAGCAAGAGCUUCUGAAACGAAUUAAAGAAAGUAUGAAAGAUCAGAAGGAGUUUCAUGAAGAACAGAUUGCUUUGCAUAAGGCUGCCAUAGAAAAGAUCGAGAGUAAGCAAAGGUCUAUGGAUUGAACACUAACUCCUAACCUUUAGAUUACAAUAGUUGGUAUAGGUACUACUGAUAAAAUAAAUGUUUAAUAGACCUA